CAGAACCUAUAAGUGUUCCUAGGGGGCAUGUGUGGAAUUUAUAUCACACACAGAAUCCAAGGCACUUGCUUGUUUUGUGCGUCCCUGGUUCACCCCCAUAUUUCCUAUAUCAGAAGUUGCUUUUGAUCAGUUUAUUUUCCCUCCUGGUUCUUCUUUGGUUUUGGGAACUUCCCCAGUUGUUCACUUACUCCCAGGCCUUGGAUUGAAGGGGUUGGUGCUUUGGGCCUGACCAAGUGCUGGAAAUGGACCAAUCCAUAUUGUACAGCCAAAGUGCCUUCCCCAACUUCAGCUACAGCCCAGGCAUGGUGCAAGAUGGCACUGGCAAUUACCAGUACUUUGGCAACUACAAUGCCCUGUCCUACCCGCAGUCCUUCCAUGUCCCUGCUAUAAAAUCAGAAAAUGGUGCCCGGGAGGAGGCAAGACUGGGGAGCUGCCAUACUGCCCUGUUUGACUGGAACCGGUACCCCCACAUACAGUUCUCUAACCAGGUGGGCGCCCACAGUUCUGGAGAUCCAAGCCCAGAGGGAAGAACUGAGGAGGAGGAUGUCUCUGUCAGUGAAGGGAGGCCCUCCAGUACCCCUUCCCCCAAUUCUCCCAUGAUGCCUUCCUAUGGCCAAUACUGGCAUCAUCCCUCUUGGCAGCAGGGGAACCCAACCAACCAAGCUCACACUCUUCCAAGCCAGACUCCUUCUGAUGGGGGUGAUGAGAAACCCCAACAGUCUCAUCACAGUCCAACUGCCUCGCUAGAGAGUGGGGUGUCCAACACUGAGGAUGAGGAGGUCCCCAGUGCCAUCUCCAGUCAGGCAGAAAGAGGCCUUACUAGUCCCUCUCUCACUAAUGCUUCCAUUGGCCCUGGAACUGAAGAGGAUGGAAUGACCCUCGAGGAGAUGGAAGAGUUUGCCAAAGAGCUGAAACAGAAGCGGGUGGCACUGGGUUAUACCCAAGGGGAUAUUGGUCAUGCUCUGGGAAUAUUAUACGGGAAGAUGUUCAGCCAGACAACUAUAUGCCGCUUUGAGUCCCUGCAACUGACCUUCAAAAAUAUGUGUAAACUCAAACCCCUAUUGGAGCAAUGGCUGGGAGAGGCGGAGAAUAACGACAAUCUGCAGGAGAUGAUCCACAAGGCCCAGAUUGAGGAGCAGAACCGUAAGCGGAAAAUGAGAACCUGCUUCGAUAGCGAUCUAAAGGGCCGGUUAGAGGGCCACUUCAUGUGCAAUCAGAAGCCCGGCACCAGGGAACUGACCGAAAUUGCCAAAGAAUUGAAUCUGGAGAAAGAUGUGGUGAGAGUCUGGUUCUGCAACCGGCGGCAGAAGGAGAAGAGCAAAUACAGAAUGUCCAAGGGUCUUGAGCUUGUGGGUGGUGCCAGUCCUGGACCUUUUCCAUCUGAUCACAUCACUUUUGCACCCAUUCCAGCUAAUUCCCAGGACUAUGGCUUAACCUCUCUGCUCCCCAACCAUGCCCCCUUCUAUGCACCACCCUUCCCCAGGAACGACCUGUUCCCUCAUAUGGCUCCAGGGAUAUCUAUGGGGGUACUGACCGGUUGAGCCACUGAUUUUAUUUAAGAAUCCACAAAACUGGACUUACUGGGGACACUGCUUUUAUUAUUUUACAUGAGGAGAAGGUAAGGGCAGUUGAGAUUACAGCAAUCUGUUCUGGUUCAGUAACAGCUGGAGUCUCUGGUUUAAGGGGUGUGGACUUGGGCUCCUCUACUGUAUAGGGCUGGGAGGGGGUUCUUUAAUAGUGCCCAGAACAGGGCUAUUCUGAUAUAACCAGCACUUGUUAAUUUGCACUGCAUCAUGGGAUGAGGGGUUAUUUCUACCAAAGAGACUGGCAUAGGUUUAUAGUGUAACUUGUAUUUGAUACAAUUUGGCAGCAGUUGGUUCUGUUUAUCCGCUCAUUUGCUACAUUGUUCCAGGAUUAUCUGUCUGCACUGCUGGGUCUCACUCCGGAAACACAGCCAGACAGAACUGCUUAUAAGCCACUGACAUUGCCCGGCUAUGGGGUCCAAUAAAGGAAAAAUACCUUUUUGUUCCUCUAAUGCAUGAUUGCAUGGAUUGCAAGCUCUUGUGGCUCUUCUGCUUUCAAGAAUAUCUGUUGUAGCUGUAAAUGUUAAGAAUUUUCACCUUCCUGGAUUUAUAUUUGCAGUGUACCCUGACAGUCCCCGGGGAGAUGAAAACGUUGGGAGCAAUGGGCAUCUUUCCCUGCCUGGCACUGUGGGAGUUUCAGCUCCUUGCAUUGGCACACAGAGAAGCCUAUAUCUCCUGUAUUUAUCGCUGCACUGCUCUUAUCCUUUUCAAAUUGUGCUAAAGGCCUGGGGCAGUACCAUCUAAAGCCAGACUUUUCUACAGGAGACGAAGGGAUCCUCUGAUCCAUAUUGAAUUGAUAUUGCAGUUAUUGAUGAUUAGGAGGCAGUAACAGCCUGUGAUCUGUACAUUGAGCCUGUUCUAUGUGUGUAGGUGCCCAGAGCAUUCUCUUGGGGGGGGGGGGGGGGGAAACGAUGAUUUAUGUUUCAAUUUAAGUGACGACAACUGGGAAUUGGGCCGUACAAUCCCCAAAGCUUUUGUUCCUAUAACCUGAUGUCAACUGAUUUUCUCUAAUAAAACUGCCUUGUUCUUCCA